GGAGAUUUCCAGAAAGACCGAACAACACACAGGAGGUUGAACCGCGGCGAAUCUUACCAGUUUGUGGGAUUUUCCACAAAAAGCGAAAAGUAGCGUCUCCAUUUCCGUUUUUGCAUUGUCUUAACUAGUCUCCGGGGUUUUUUUGCGCGUCCAAAUUUGUGUUUUUACAAGCGAAACAGCGGCGAUGACGACCAUAGAUUACAGCGUGUGGGACCACAUCGAGGUGUCAGACGAUGAGGACGACAUUCAUCCAAAUAUUGAUACCCCCAGCCUUUUCAGAUGGAGACAUCAGGCCCGCGUGGAUCGGAUGGAGCAGUUCGAGAAGCAAGGGGCCGAUCUGGAGAAGAGUCGGGCGGAGUGUCGGCGUAAGCUGGCGGACUUGCAGAAGCGGAUCAAGGAGCUGGAGAGCGCGGGCACGGACGACGCCAAGGCGGAGCUGAGUCGGGCGCGAGACGAGGAGAAGCAGCUGAAGAAGGAGGAGCGCAGCUGGGAGAAGAAGAUUGAGGAGCACCGGCGCGAGGAAAAGAAGAUGCCCUGGAACGUGGACACACUGAGCAAGGAGGGCUUCAGCAAGAGUGUGGUGAACAUUAAGCCGGAGGUGAAAGAGGAGACUGAGGAGGAGAAGGAACAGAAGCACAAGACCUUCGUAGAGAAAUACGAGAAACAGAUAAAACACUUUGGGAUGCUGAGGCGCUGGGACGACAGCCAGAAGUACCUGUCGGACAACCCCCACCUGGUGUGCGAGGAGACCGCCAACUACCUGGUCAUCAUGUGCAUCGACCUGGAGGUGGAGGAGAAACAUGCUUUGAUGGAGCAGGUUGCACACCAGACCAUAGUCAUGCAGUUUAUCCUGGAGCUGGCCAAGAGUCUGAAGGUGGACCCCCGAGGCUGCUUCCGCCAGUUCUUCGCCAAGAUUAAGACUGCAGACCAGCAGUACCAGGACGCGUUUAAUGACGAGCUGGAGUCCUUUAAGGAGCGCGUGCGGGGCCGGGCCAAGAUCCGCAUAGAGAAGGCCCUGAAGGAGUACGAGGAGCAGGAGAAACAGAAACGCCUGGGGCCAGGGGGCCUGGACCCUGUGGAGGUGUACGAGUCCCUGCCCGCGGAGCUGCAGAAGUGUUUUGAUGAGAAGGACAUUCAGAUGCUGCAGGACGCCAUCAGCAAAAUGGACCCGACGGAGGCGAAGAUAUACAUGCAGAAGUGCAUCGAUUCAGGGCUCUGGGUCCCCAACUCGCGGACCGAGGAGGAUGCUGGCGACAAGGAGGAAGAGAAGGAGGAGGCGGAGAAGGAGAAAGAGGCGGAGUGAAACAGACCUUGGGACGGACAGCUUUACUACACCACCUCCCUCCCCUCACCUACCCCCCACGCCCACUGUAUAUUGUCAACUUUUACGCCAAUACGCCCUACCCCACCCAAAACUGUUCUCAUUCUCGCUAUACUACUGUCCACCCCCCGCCCCCCCCCACCCAAUCAUUUUUUUCCCACCCCAUUACUCCACCUCCUAUCCCCAACCCCAUAGGUAUCUGAAUACUAUCAGUCAGACCAGAGGAAUUGGAAUAGGGAUUUUGUGGUUGUGAUGUCACAAAAUGAGAAAGAACUCCAAUCACAGAGUACAGCGGAUGCAACCAAUAGAACAAUGAGGACUUCUGGCCUGUACUUCCUGGAUCCCUGUGGGAAUUGGCAGGAAGUAGCCAGAACCUAUCCACCAAUCAGCAUAGGCUUUGUUCUGCUGGUUGUUUCCAAAGUGUUGUGAUGAUUGGUGGAGCUCCAUUCUGUUAUUGUGACAUCACAACCAACUUUACCCUCUUAUCCCUGAGACAGACCAGGUCAAGAUCAGCUUGGCAGCAGCAUCAGAUAUUCACUCUCCAUCCACUCCCUUUCCUCCCUGUUUGUGUAUGUGUGCAAAUCACACAGUAAAGUUUUGCUAUUCCUAGUGUGUCCCCCCACCCCAUGCAUUUCCUGAGGAUGACAACCUUUUCAGUUUCGUUGCUCUUAUUGACUCAUGAAAAAUGACAUAUUCCAAAUAGUCAUUUCCUACACACGAGGUGUUUUUGUCCAGACGUCAUUAGUAUAUAAUCAUAAUAAAACAACAGAAAUGGAUAAAAUAAAUGACUAAGCACGAUGAAUUUGAUGUUUUAUGAUCGGUUGGAAACCCUUAUCAUAUGCAACCGUGUGUCCACACUUUAUUUUAUUUCUAGUUUCUGCCUUCACUGCAUUAGUACCCCUCAUGCUUUUAUUGGCUGUCAGAGACUGAUGAAGGUAAAUUAGAGAUGUGUUUCCACACCGAUUGUUUGUCUGUGAAGUCGUGGGGGGUCCUCCCCCCCCCCCCCCCCCCCGCUCUCUCUCGUCUCCCCGUCUGUCCUAAACCUCGGUGAAUGUCCACUGUAAAGCCGAGCUCUGUGUGCGGUUGUGCUUAGAGGCCGAGCGAGGGCCGGUUUUCAAAGCCUUCGACGGACAAGCAUUUUUUUUUUUUGGGAUGCCCUCUUUUUGUUCAGUUUGCACGACGAGUUUCCGCGCGACUGACGCGCGCGCCUGCAUUCAGCGGCCAAUAAAAUGUUGCUUUGACGUGAACCGUGUCGUCCGUGCUCUGUGACAUUCAAAGACAUUUUAAAGCUGCGGUCUGCCGUGAUCUUCGCUGGGCUUGUAGGGGAAGGGGAACCACAGGAUAGACGCGGUAGGGCUGGUGAUGACUUCCUGUGGAUGUAUUGUCUUCAUGGGACAGAAUAAUAACAGUAUCUCAGCCUCGGGGGCGGAUCUGGUGGCUGCUACAGGCAUCACUGCUGGGGUGACAGCUAUUUAACAUCUGAAAUGGAGAGUUCUUCGCAUUAUCCUUCGAAGAGAAUGAGAUGCAUUUUAAGAAAAGGAAAAACGUCAAGACCAGUCGGAUUAAUGAAUUAAUUUCGCAAACUUGUGUUUUUAUUUUUUAUGUACUAGGCAUUGUGUGGAAGGACGUGACGGUCUGGUGUAACAAUGUCAUCCAUCUUCUGACUGAUACAUGGCAAUCGAUUUUGUUACCCAUAAUUCCCUGAAUGGGCUCAGAAGAGAAUCCCAGGGUUUGCUUCCAGAUGGCUUUGCAGGCUAGCCUCAAGGCCUUUCUCUGCUUACGUGAAUGACUUUGACCUUCGUAACUGCUUUAUACAGCAGUAUAAACAUUCAUGAAGACUUAUGACAACAGACGUGGACUGUCAUUGAUGGCAGCGUGUCAUUGUCUAAUAUUAGAGGCAAUACUACCACAACUUCCUGAUUCAGCUGUGUUGCAGUACGGUCAUAGUUGACAUGGAUGGUGUCCUAGCGCCCCUUCUGACAGCCUGCGGGUUUAUGAAAGCUUAUGAACUGGUUAUAAGCAUUCAUAAUGCUUUUUUAUGCUGGAUGCUUCAAAGCAGUCGUAAUUGUUUCUCCUCUUGGUUCCUUUCAUAAAGCUACCUUGGCUGGGCCUCACAAUUGCUAUUUUAAGUGGUGGCAUUCCUGUCCUCUGAUUCGCCAGUGCUAAAGUAAAGCACACUGGCUGAUGUCUGAUUGCGGUAGAAGAGCUGCAUUUAUUCAUCAGUCUUGUGGAGAGACUUCUGAAAUCGGCCUGCCAAUGUGGAGAGUUGGUGCACGACACAACAGAACA